CCGCGUCCUUUUUACCAAUCCGUGCCCACAAACCGGUGUCACAAUAUCACGGGUUGACGCGCGCGUUUUUUUCUCUCGUUAUCGCCACCUUCUCGUGAUGGAUUUUAUCAUUGGAAACAAUGGAAAAUAAUAAAUACACGCUUCUCUAUAGUUUCAUGUGUCUCCAUUUUUUGACUAAAUAGGUCGCUUCGAUGAGUGCAUCCGCAUUAAGAAAAAACAUCGACUUGUCAAAAUUUUAAUGCACAUUGAUGGCAAAGUGUAAUCUAAACAUGUGUUAUAGUGAGUAAUGUUUCGAUUUUCAUUCCCGGGCGGGUUUUCGAAUAAAAAUCGAUCAAAUUUCUCGAAAUUCGUAGCGACUGAAGAGACGUUCGUGUAUCGAUAUUUUCCUUUUUAAUGAACGAGCUCAUACUCUCGGAGUGCUUCGAACGUCGGCGUUGCACUGAAAAAACUGCGCAUCCCUUGGAACCCACGUAAUUGUAUCGUUGGCAAGAUAAAAAAUUCAGGGACUCGGUUCUCAGAGAGAUUGCAGGGAAAAUUCAUGGCUCGAAGUCUCGUUGUACAACGUACGUACCAUGUAGAGUAGCCGAGAAAACGGUCUUGAGACCAAGAAAACGAGAUGGAGAAAGUGAAUACCAAACUACCGUGGCUUCGAGUUGAUUGGCCAUAGAGUGAAAAUUGGCACCGGUAUAUGUGUUCUUCUGAAGGCGGCAGUUCACGAUAAAUCGUAUUAUCGGUGAAAAUAUUUCGGUCGAUUCUUAUUCCUGUUUUUUUACUCUUCGCAACGUUUUUCUUCCAUGGCUAAAGUUUUUGUUCGGGAAAAAAUUGAAGGCAUUCGGAAUCUUGUUGCACCGACGAGAAGAAUGACACUAUUGGUCGCAACUCCAAAUGAUCGAAUCAGUCUGAGCUGAGAUUUCAUAGCGGAUUCAUCAAUCGUUCAUUCCUGCCGCCUUCGUGAUAUUGCAAUCGUUUUCAUAAAUUAAAACAAAAUAAUUGGCAAAAGGUAUUUUCACGCGAUAAACACGAUAAUGUGGAAAUCACAACUAAACAAAACCUAAAAGUCCAAUUGAUGCUCAACUUUAAUAAUAUAUAAAGUCGAUAUAAAUUCAUGUAUAUGUAAGAACAAGAAAAAAAGCCCUUGGCCUCGAGGGCUUGGUUUAAACGGACGUCGACUCUAUCACAUUGUGGGUCACACAAUACAGCAUAUCGAUCGUGAGACUUCUGUAUCCGUAGGAAAUGAAAAGGCCCUGUAAAAAAGCAGAGCCCACCAAUUUAUUAAAGUCCUCUAAAAACUACGGUACAAACAAUUGACACAUAUCUUUUGACAUAUUCUGCAUUAUUUGUGGACACGAUAUAACAUAUCACUUUUUGUGUUUCGCAACGCCCUGUGAUUCCUCAUCGUCGUCAUAUCUAAAAAUUGUGAACAACUAACCAUACAAAAAGCAAUAAGACGAACGGAGAGAAAAGAGUGUCGUUUGAAUGAUUAUACAAAGACUGAGACCGAGAGCGUUCGUAGCUGAUCGAUUAUUUAAAUAUCAAAGUUCUACGAGGCAACUGAGGUCGAUUUUCUAUCGAAACGAGCUUAGUUUAGGACAAAUUUAACGUUGUAAAAUGUAAGUGUUGUUGUGUUGUGACUCGUAUGAUCGAGUUGAUUUGAUACGUUUUAUUCCAAUGGAUUUACCUCUUUUAUUCAGAUGCAAGACGUGUGAAAGUGAUGUUACGACAGAAUACAGUUUCACGUGAAAUUUAUGAUAAUGCAAUAAGUAUCCCUUAAAAAACUAAUACAUGUGCAUAUAUGCGUUGAUAAACUUAAUGGAUAACAGUAUGAACCUGAAAUAUAUGCGUUAAUUCAAAAUAAGAAAAAAAGAAGACGAAUACGGAGGACACGUCGACGUAGCAGGAUGACAGAGAUGUCUUCUACUGGUAAAAACAAACACCGUAACCCUAACAUCUACUAACUAAGCCUCUCCGAAGAGCGAGAUCGCUGUACGACAUCCGGGAUAUUUAUCAGAAUUGCACGGUAAUAGUAAUGAAUUCGAGAUGCACAAGUAAAAUUUCGAUCCGUUGAACCGACCUCAAAAGAUCCCGUGUGAUCAUGCUAAUUGGAGAAAAUGCGAAAGACAGUAAACGGACUGAAGCUGGAUCUUACAGAGAAUACACCAGGUAGCUCGUCGAGCUUGGCGCGGCUGCCAAAUUUGGUUGAGCAUGCUGAGAUCUGUCAUCAGGCAACAUUGGCCGUAACAGGUGAAAAUUUAAGCAGCAAAUUACCGAACGUGGUUGAGGGCUCGAUGGACUAUGGUAGCGAGCGAAGGUCCUCCCGUUACCUGGAAUAUGAGUCGAAGAUCAGCUUCCAGGACGGACAAAAUUUAUCGAACAAUUAUUCAAGUCCGGGUGGUGGCGAUUAUGGAAAUGAAUCAAGGCAAGGAUACUCAUCUUGCAGUUUCGAUCGGAAGACGCAUUUUGCCGGAAACUACGACCGUGAAAAUCUCGAGAGAUACGAUAACCCUAGGAUAUAUCAUGAAGAAGGACAUCUGAGGUACGAUAGGCGAACGGAAAGAAGUUAUCAAGAAUCGGACCUUGACGUUCCGUAUGAAAGAACCGAUGCUACCAAAUUACGAGGUUACACGUCGGAUAUACAGGAAGAUGGUAGGAGGUAUUCUCGAGAUCUUACGGAUUACGAGUACGCUGCUCGUUAUGCUGAGGAGACGCUUAAACUAGAGCCAAAGAAGCCUGAAACGGCACACCAUCAUACCUCUUCUAAGAUUUACGAGCCUGUCAUAACUGCUAAGGGCUACGAAACGCUAGGUACGAAAGGUUACGAAUCUGGAAUAAAGACCAGAGAUUCCUCCUACGAACUUGGCUCCUUUUCUAACCAACAGCAGGACGUUGGCGGUAGCCGAAAAUAUGACAGCAAGUAUCAUUCGAUCGGUAAGGUGUAUGGGACACUACCAAGAUACGAAUCAUCAGGAAGCAAAGCGUAUGAUGCCAACUAUGAUUCCAAUCCAAACUCUGGUGGUCGAUCGUUUGAUCCAAAAUAUGAUGAUUCCAGUUACGAUACCGGUGCGAAAAGCUUGAAAGGUUUCGAAUCAUCCGAUUCAAAGUAUGAUUUAACAACGUCCAAGAGUUACGAAAAGUCUAAGUAUGAGCCUGUUGCCCGAUACCAAGAUCCACCUUCCUCCAAGUCCUAUGAGCAAACCCUGAAAAUUGGUGAAAUGAGCUCAAACUUUGGACACAAACAACAGAGCUCAUCGGUUUAUUCACGAAAGCAGAAUCAGGAAAAUCGUGAUUCCACAACGGGUACUGCGGCUGCUGGAUCAUCGGAGAAGACGAAUGGUUAUAGAAAAAACAAUUUCGAAGCAUACGGCGUUUACUCUGAUCCUGAAGACGAUCAUGGCUUUUUGGCUGACAAAAAAACACCGCAGUAUACUUACAAAGGUGUUGUCGUUAAUGUCAGCGGUGAAUCGACGGUUGUCGACCAAAAGAGAACUAAAGAUAGCAGGCAGACCGAAGUUCCACGAAGCCCUUGGUGUCGACCUACAAUUCUUCUGCUUUUUCUUAUUCUUCUAGUCGUGAUAUUUGUCUUCGUUGCUGGGGUACUUCUCUCCUUUAAUUACAUGUCUUACAAGCCACGUCAUCCCGUAGUCGAGGGUAAGGAUCUAAAUUUCGCCAGUAACAACGCGGAGCCUUGCGAGAAAACGUAUUGCGCCUGGGGUGCGAUAUGCGUUGUGUCGGAAAGCGGACGUGCCCAGUGUCAAUGUCCCGUUGACUGUCCUACGAUCCCAGCGCCUGUUUGCGGUACGGACGAUGUUACGUACACGAACCACUGUCAGUUGCGACAGGCGAGCUGUCAAAGGCGGAAGAACACAAGGGUUCAGCAUCAGGGUGCUUGCGAGCUCAAGGAUCCGUGCAACAAACUCAACUGUUCUCAGGGGUCGCAAUGCGUCAGAAGCAGAGAUGGAACCGAAGCAAAGUGCGAGUGUCUCGAGAGCUGUCCAAGUCUCGGAGAUCACGAGGGAUCUGGACCAGUUUGUGGCACGGAUGGCAUCGAUUAUCCUACAGUCUGUGACUUGAACAGAUCCGCCUGUGCCCGCGGAGCCAACGUCAGUGUCGCAUUUCGCGGAAAAUGCGAUCCUUGCGGGAACGUCGAGUGCUCGGAGCCGGAAGUUUGCCAGCUGGACUCAUCUCGACAGCCCGCCUGUCGCUGCGGCGAGCAGUGUAGCCUCGAGUUUUCCCCGGUUUGCGGAAGCGACGGUAAAACUUACUCGAAUGAGUGCAGCCUCCGGCAGGAAGCUUGUAGAUCACGAUUGCCCCUUAGGAAAAUUUAUCCCGGUGCUUGUAAAUCCGGCACAAAUCCUUGUGACAGAGCACAAUGCAGUACAGUCCAGCAGUGUGCCAUUGAUCGUUAUGGAAUCGCGAAAUGCGAGUGUGGUUCCGAGUGCGAACCGGUUAUGAGACCCGUUUGUGCGAAAGGUGGGAAGACUUAUCCCUCGCUAUGCGAUCUCAAAAGACAGGCUUGUUCAAUGAACACUACAAUCGAAGUGGCCUAUACCGGAAAUUGUGGAUCUAGAGGACCAUGCUCCGAAAAAAUCUGCCAAUGGGGAGCAAUUUGCGCUGAAAAUGGUGACACAGCUACCUGCGAGUGUCCUACGUGCUCAGUGGAGUUUCAUCCGGUCUGCGGUGAUGACGGUAUCAGUUACGGGAACGAGUGCAAGCUCAGGCUCGAAGCUUGUCAGCAUCGUCGUGAGAUACGGGUUUUGUAUCAAGGGCUUUGCAACGGGUGCGAGAACAAGAAAUGCGAGUAUUAUGGCGAGUGUCAAAGCGACAGUAGUGGCGAAGCGAAAUGCGUUUGUCCAAGCAAGUGCGACGAGCCGACAACGGACAAUGAAGCCGAUACAAAAGUAUGCGGUACCGAUGGUGUCACUUACGUCAGUGAGUGUGCCAUGAAGAAAGCCUCUUGCGCUUCCCAAACGCACAUUGCAGUUAAUUACAGAGGUGACUGUGAAUUAUGCUCGAACGUCGAUUGCGAGAAUGGUGCACGUUGCGUAGCAGGCAACUGCAUAUGCCCAGAGAGUUGUCCGGAAUCCACAACUGAGAUGGCAUGUGGAAGUGACGCGAAAACUUAUCGAUCCGAGUGCGAGUUACAACGCGCAGCUUGCGAAAGAGAUCCAAAACUUCCGCCUCUCCAUGUUAUUUUCUACGGCGAAUGCGGAGAGAAAAUUGCCGUCGCUGCAAUGACGACCAUGUCUACACCAACGAUAACACGACUACCAACGACGAUAGCCGAGGUUACAGUUACGCAGGAGCGUGAAGCCUGUAAGGACAUCCAUUGUGACUUUGAAGCGACCUGCGAGCUAGGACCGGACAAAUUUCCGAGAUGUAGCUGCAAGUUUGAUUGUGGCUCGGUAUUACCUGAGAACGCUAUACCCGUUUGUGGAAGCGAUCUCAAAACGUAUCCAUCGAUUUGCGCAAUGAAGAUGGAAGCCUGUCAGAGACAGCAAGAACUCCGGCUCAGACCCUUGGACCUCUGUCAAGGCAUGGAAGUUAAACCGUGCAACGGUGAUACACCGUUAACUGAUGCCGAUGGCAAGGAAUACGAUUGUGGAAGUGGACCCAACAGAAAAGAUUGUCCUAGUAAUUCCUACUGUCAUCAAACACCACGCUUUGCUCGAUGCUGUAAAAAAGUUCAGGGAAUCCAAGUGGUGAAGUGUAUCGACUCAUGGCAUGGUUGUUGUCCCGACGGUAAGUCUCCCGCUCUGGGACCAGACGGCGCGGGUUGUCCGAGCGUAUGCAACUGCAAUCGGUUGGGCAGCGUGUCAGACACUUGCAAUCCCGAGACGGGACAAUGCGAGUGUAAACCAGGAGUUGGUGGUCUCAAGUGCAAUCAUUGUAUGCCUGGAUAUUGGGGUCUCCCCAAAAUCAGCAAAGGUCAUCAAGGAUGCAUACCCUGUGGUUGUUCACUGUUCGGUUCGGUGAGGGAAGACUGCGAACAGAUGACUGGUCGAUGUGUUUGUAAACCAGAAACCAAAGGGCAUAAGUGCACCAUUUGCAGUGAUCAUAAUAAAAUGCUGACACCUACAGGAUGCUAUUCAGCUGACACGAGCCCCACGAUACCAACUACUUGCAAUGAUUUGGAAUGUUACUCGGGUGGUAAUUGUUCUGAGAUCGGUGGUCCUCAUUGCGUCUGUCCAUCAGCCUGUCCAACAGAUUUGCCUUCAGUGCCAGUCUGUGGCAGCGAUGGGCAGACGUACGAUAACGAAUGCGAGCUACGGCUAUACGCCUGUCGUCAUCAAACUGACGUCGUAACACAGGCCUUUGGUCAUUGCAUAGACGAUUCUACGGUUAACACGGAUUUCCCAGUAAAGAGAUUCACCGCGGUUCAGUAUACUCAGCCAGCCGCAGCUAUAUCACCAUUAUCUAAAUCAACGAGGCAUCUUUUGGGUCCUGAACCCGAUCCACGUUACUAUUACACCCAUCGUGCACAACAAGAAACCAUUACCAUCGAUCGUGAUAAUCUCAAGCACGGAAUAGCAGCAGCUUCGCGACCAACCCCCGCUACCAUACGGGUUGUCACAGCACUUCUCGGUGAUUUGUGUAACGAGGACAAAGAUUGCACUAUACAAAAUAGCGAAUGUAUCAACGGUGGAUGUAUAUGUUCCGAGGGAUUCGCCGAGACAAGCGACAGACAAGAAUGUUUCGCAAAUUACGAUUCGGUGACACCGAUCGAGGAAUUCAAAGCGUGCCUCUCUUACCCGUGUCACAAGUCGUCGACCUGUAUCGAUUUGCCAAGUUCGACUUUCGCCUGCAUAUGUCGACCGAAUUAUACGGGGCUCCUUUGCGACGAGGAAAUAAACAAGAGAGACUACGAGGUACCUUCAUUCGAUGGAAAGAGUUACGUUCGUAUGUCUCGACUGAAAGCUUAUCACAAAUUCAACAUCGAAGUUGAAUUCAAAACGUACGCGGACAACGGAAUUAUUCUGUAUAAUCAACAGAAGAACGAUGGAACAGGGGAUUUCGUAUCGCUUGCCAUAAUCGAUGGAUUCGUCCAGUUCCGAUACAAUCUUGGAAAUGGUCCAGUUAUUUUAACGUCACCAGAAAAAGUGACGAUGAAAAAUUAUCAUCGGAUCGUUGCGAAAAGAUAUCAUAAAGACGGAGUUUUAAUAUUUAACGACGGUGACGACAUUGCCGGUCAAAGUCAGGGAAUGCUGAAAUCGUUGGAUCUCAAUCAGGACACAUUUAUUGGAAAUGUACCUACUAAUUACACCAGACUGUACGAGAAUAUCGGGACCAGUCACGGUUUUCUCGGUUGUAUUCGAAAGUUGAAGAUCGACCGAGUCACGGUGGACCUUCACAUGGGAAAACACAAAGAAAUUCUUGAGACUUACAGAAUCAGAGAAUGUAAUGACAACGCAUGCGCAGCUCUACCAUGUCAAAACGGAGCCACAUGUUCGCCGAUUUUCGAAGAUGAUUUGUGCAAUGGACGUGAGUGUAAAAUUAGCCCACUGAGAGUCAAGGGCAAAAGAAAAGGGACCAAUAAUAAUGGUAAACAUAAAAUUGGAGGGAUGAAUAUCGUAAGAUGCAAAGGUCCACAUUGUACGACGUAUGAACAAAAACAUAAAAGAUCGAAGAAAAAGAAUACGACGAUGUCAUCAAAGUUACGAUGCACCGGUUCAAAUUGCGAUUAUGAGUAUGAGCUUGAUUAUGAAUCUGGCUAUGACAGUGAUAAUUACGCGGUUACUAAGUACGAACCACCUGAAUACAAGUGCAUCUGUCCACCUCAAUAUACCGGAAAAAAUUGCGAGGAAUCGUUGGACCCUUGCAUGGAUAAUGCCUGUCAAGGUGGUGCAACCUGCGACAUUUUGCCACAAGGUGGCUAUGUUUGCAAGUGUCCACCUGGCAGAGCAGGUGAACAUUGCGAAAUUCUGGAUUCUGAGCUGACCGAGUUACUUGUUCCCGAAUUAACCGGUGAUGGUUUCCUCGAGUUACCCUGCCUCGACGGCGUGGCAAAAGCUUUUUCCAUCGAACUAUGGUUUUUGAGUCGUUCCAAUGACGGACUGUUACUGUAUAAUGGGCAAUUGAGCAGCGGUCGAGGUGAUUUUAUAAGCUUAAAUAUGGUACGAGGUAAAUUGGAAUUCCGAUUCAACCUUGGCAGUGGCAUAGCCAAUAUAUCAUCCCCCGAUACGGUAACUCUCGAUACGUGGCAUUGCGUUAGAAUAAGCAGAUUGGGCCGGGAGGGUCUAUUGCAAUUGGACGACGGUACGAUUGCUCGAGGAUUUUCAGGGAAUCCACUCACAGAGCUUAAUCUAGAAAUGCCACUCUACAUUGGAGGUGUCAAACAUUGGAGAGAAGUUCAUCGUUUAGCUGGUGCCUGGACUGGAUUGGAUGGUGCUGUACAACGAUUGAUGGUCAACGGGAAGACGUAUCAAAAUCUUGCAGUAAACGUGACCCAACACAAUACUGAGAUUUACGAUGGUUUACCCUGUCCUAGCAAUGAGAAUCCAUGUCACAACGGUGGCGUUUGUCUGCCACUAUUGAAUAGCUAUCUCUGCAAGUGUGCCAGCAGUUACAACGGCCUUCAUUGCGAGUUCUUUAUGGGCUACGAUGUUUCUGGUGGAGAAAUAUCCGAGAGACCAGUACGAUUCGAUGGUGACAAUUAUUUACAGUUCAAACAUCGAUUUGGCAGAAGUGCUAACACUACCCUUGCUACUAACACUACCCUCUCUGAGUACGUUGACGAGACCUACCCCGACUACGACUUCGAGGAAGAUCUCGACUUCGAGUAUGAAAAUUAUGACUACGCUGAACGCAGAGGACAACAAUCGAACAAAUUUGAACUAAGAAUACGUACGACUCACCCCGAAGGUUUAAUAGCCUGGAUGGGUAGGGGAAAAGUCGAACAUCUCGUACUAUCGUUGCACGAGGGCCAUGUGGUUCUCACCUAUAAAAGCAAAAGUGAACAGAUCUCAUUAAAAAGCAGGGAAAAAAUUGACGACGGUGUAUUUCAUCAUGUGAAAGCAUUUCGAAGGAGACGAGCAACGAUCGUGCAGAUCGAUGACGAGUCACCCGUCAAAAUAACGACCGAAACGACACUUCUGAUGACUAAUGGAAAAUUAUUUGUUGGCGGGAAGCCCGGUCAUCGUGGUAUCAAAGCCUGCGUUACCGACUUCAUCGUCGACAAACGUCGGUUACCUUUGACAAGGCGAAAGAUAGAUUUUUGUCACGACAACGAUGUAUGAUACCAAGUAGUAAUACCAACGUUAUCGACCCCGAUAAUGUCGUCCUUUCCAAGUUCAUUGACAAGAUCACUCGGUACAUCAACUUCAUUAACAACGAGACAAGCCUAUGACGUUGCCAGUUAACGAAAUGUAAUACCAACGUGAAGAGAAGGAAAUUUAUUGACAUUGUUUAUUCUACAAGUGAUGCCAGUGAUGCGUAUAUAUAAAAUAUUUAUAUAUAUCUACACGAACACAUAUUUAUGCAUACAUAUCACUGGUAAUAUAUGAUAAUAAUUAUUGAUACAUACAGCAACAAUAAGAGGUAAUAAUAGCGCUGCGGUAAAUAAAAUACUCGUCGAGUGAAUGAAAAGGACGAUAUAUAAAUAUAUGUCCCCUGAUGUUACCUUGUAUUGAAACGAAUCACUGAUUAAAAAAGAGUUUGUUUCUUUCGCUAAAUAAGAAAAGAAGAAGCACCUUAAUUUCCCAAAAAGGAGGACAACGAAUAGGAAAUGAUAAAAUUGUGUCAUAUUUCGUGAGUUUUCAAACUCAAACGAAGAAUACUGCCCCUCCCAUCGAGAGUGUUUUACGGAAAAAACGAAAAUUCUUGAUGUUCAUGCCUAAGGACAGAAGAAAAUGAAAAUACAGGAAAACUCGAGUGAACUGAGUUUCCCUUUAAAAGACAAUAAUAUAUUUUUAAGUGAAAGUCUCCACGACAAUACAGUGUCGGAUGCAUAUACGUACGGAUUUUAAGAGUUCGAAAAAAAAACAAAACUUCUGAAAAGAAAAAGUGUUGAAUAUAAAUAUAAAUGAGCAAAUUAAGUUGACGGCACAACGCGAAGGUCGUGAACGAUCGAAUACGCAAGGAGAUACGUUUUUGAGCGAAUCGUAAGCAAGCUAAAACGCACCUAAAUGUUAUUUAAUGUAAUAUACCAAGACUGACUAAUACGAACAAAGUUGCGUUAUUAUAACGAUAUUGAUAAUAAUAACAAUGAUAAUAUUAACGUUAACAACGGAAAAAACGAUAACGAUAAUAAAAACGAAACAACCAGUAUAAAAUUGAUUUUAAAAGAGAAAUUAAAUUGGUGUUAUGUUUGGUUGUAAGGUAGACGCGGUAGGCAGAAAAAGACCCGAUGAAUGACCGAGAAAGAGAGAGAGAGAGAGAAAGGAUUCCAGAGGGAGAGCGAGCGAAACAAAGUUAAAUCUAACAUUGUGAAUUUUAUGAUCUAUAUAAAUAUGUAUUUUAAUCGACCGUUGAUUUAUGCCAGUAGACAACAUUGUUUGAGGUAGGAGAAGCUUUUUAUAAAUUGCGCAAAGAUUAUAUAGAGAAUAUUAUAUACACGAUAUCACGACAUGAUAAUUAUUAUUCCUACACUAUAAAAAAUAUAUAUAUAUAAAUAUAUAGAUGGAUCCCUAUAUAUAGAAAAAAAAUCAUUCCAUUUAAUGGAGAACCUCGAAGGAUACAUUUUAUCCCAAGUCCGUAAAAGCCAUAAAUAUAAUACUUCUUAGCGAUAAAAAACACAGGAGAAUUAAUAAUUGCUAAGUGCGAUGUAUGUCCAAUUUCUACCCUGGAUCCUGAGAAAAACGAAUUAGUUUGAAAGCGAAUUUCGUCGUAAUAAUAAUUUUUUGUUUUUUUUUUUUCAAUCGAAAAUGGUGUAAAUAUAACAUUAUAUGCGAUUAGCAAAUACGAGAUCACGAUAAUCGCGCGUUUCCUUUCGUAGAUAAAAAAUAUAUAUAUAAAUAUAUAUAUAUAUGGGUCUCUUGAUUUAUUACAAAACUCAUGAAUUUACAGUACAACUGUCCUUCGUUUUCCCGACUUAAAUAUUUCCAUUUGAACACAUGCAGGUCUCUUCUCUUAAGUAUAUAAAAUUAUAAAUUUGUGGGAACAAAUAUUCACAGCUAUUUCAGUCAAAGAUUCAGUCGAAGGUUUUUUAUAAUCGAAUUUUUCUUGAUGUACGAAUAAAAAAAAAUCACUCUUGCGUAUGUCAUCAUAAGAAUGCGCUUGUGGUUAUUUAUCUUUUUUUUUGACACGAAGGGGGAAAAAAUGUUGCAUUAACGUAAGCGUGCAAGUGUAACGAGGAUUAAUUUGUUAACGACGCAUCAUACGAAAAAAAAAAACAUGAUUUCGAUGCGUUAUAUUUGAUACUCUAUUGAAUCUUGACGAAGGUACUUAUUUUCUACUUCAAACCUCAAGGGAAUGAUGAAGAUAAUUCGUUAGCGUUCACGUAGAAUAUGCUUUGUCCAGUCAUCAAAAAAUGUUCUUCGGAUAUUCCAUAUCGAAUGCUCGUCAAUUUAUUCGAUUUUAUGUUGAUCACUAUUGUUAUAAUUUAAGCUAAAUCUCAACCUGGUUUUCUGCUGGACAAAGAAUGUUGAACUUUAAAUUGGUUAAUCGGGCGCUCUCGUAUAAAACAUGGAAUAUGAAAACCAAACAUAAUUUCUAAAUCAAUGGAUGUAAUUAUAUUGAUCGAUCUGAAUAAUUUUUCAAUCAAUUAACAUGAGAUUCAAAUACAAGAGUUGUUUAAUUUUUAUAUUUCAGCCAUCAAAAUAUGGACGAACGACGCUAAAGGCGAGCAAUUCCGUUCAUCUCUCCAAUUGUUUUUUUUUUUUUUUAUGAACUGAAAAUGUGACAUUAUGCGAAGUUUCAUAUGCUGAAAUUUUAUAUAUAUUUAUUGAUUCACGUGAACAAGUGUUUUGCAACAUUUCAUGAAUAAAAGGAAUAUUGAUCUCGACGUUAUUGGCCUCUUUGCGUGGAAUAUCUGGAAAAUAUGAAUCCUGUGAAUAAAAUAGGAUUCGUGAAUGGAAUAGAAAACACGUAUAAUUAUAGAAUACAAUCCACGAGCAUAUUUCACAACGUAGAUUAAUUACCACGAGUGUUUACGAAAAACAAGCAUUUCUACUCUGUCCUAUGUACAUCGACUAAGAAAAACUUGUCAGAUACGAAAAAUUCUUUGAUCGAGCACUAUAACUGAUUCAAAAACGUACAUCACAUGUUUAAAAAAGCAUGAAAAAUUAUCCUGAACAAAAACGUUACAUGUACUAUUUAUUUAUUGAGCAAAGAAUGAUGAUAAAUAUAAGCGAACGCGCUCUUAUCGCACCACGAACCCCGCUAAUUAUUAAAGGGAUCCGUAUCGUUCAGGAAUGUAACAAGGCCUGAACAACGGGAAAAUGCUAUAAAUUUCGAGAUGAUCUCAUUGAUUUGUUCGUUUUAUUCUACUUCCUCGAAGUUUCCAAUAAUCAUUUAUCGUGCAGCUAGUAAAUGGAUGUACAUUUACGAAGCAAAUUCCAAAUAGCCGCAGUAGAGAAAAGAAAUGUUUUUCGUUAUUGCAUAUUUGAAUUAAUAUUAUUGCAAUUUAAACAUCAAUUUCGUCAAGCGAAAUCGUUAAUUUUCGUCGAAUAAAAUUCCAAAAAACUUGAUGGUCAAUCAAACUGAUAAAGGCGAAAAAAAAGUAUUUAAUUUUGGCUAACGCGAGAAAAAUUAUCGUAUAUUAUGAUGAAAUAAACUACUACUACUGCCGAUUUAAAUAAUCUUUAAAGAGAAGAAAAAUAACUACACAAUCAACUUCAAGAUUGCCGAAUGAAUCGAUCGUAAAACUUUAUAUCGCUCGAUUAUAUAUUAAUCCUACAUGAUCCCAUAAUCUUGACCAUCUCCGAAAGAAUAUGAAUCAUAUAAAAAUGAAGUGAAUUCUAUUUGUUUCAACACGGCUUACCGAUAAUCUUCGUUGUGUACAAUCCGAACAAUCAUGUGCGAAGAGAUCAUUCUCUGUUGUGCUCCUAAUUAGUUUUUUACUUUGAUACUGUCAUGGUAUGUUGUGACUGUUGAAACUCUUGAAACCUAAUGAAGCUAUAAUAAUGUGUAAACGGAAAAUGCGCGUUGUAAAGUGAAUGUAUAUACAAAGAUAUACAUAUAUAUCUAUAUAAAUUAUGCGAUUAACUUAAAACGA